AUGGAUCCUUACGGCCCCCAUUCCAGCAUCGUCCUCAGAGAUGGCGUCUUUCAUCUCUCUGUCGACCAGGAGCCCUUCCUAAUCUUGGGAGGCGAGCUGGCUGCUUCUUCCACCAGUUCCGCCGCUUACAUCUCCCGUCUUUGGGAGAAGCUCCGUGACACCGGCGCCAACACGGUCUUCGCGCCCAUCUCGUGGGGAGUCAUUGAACCCGUCGAGGCAUCCUACGAUUUCUCAGCUCUCGAUGCUCUCAUCGCCCAGUCAAGCGCCAAUGGACUGCGUGUAGUGAUCCAAUGGUUUGGAUCGCUGAAGGGAGACCCGACGGACAAUUUGUCCGACCAUGCCCCCUCUUGGAUCAAGCUUGAUACCAGCCGCUUCCCGCGCACCAAGAUCCGCGACGAGGUGGUUGAUGACGACGGCGAGAUCAUCGGUCAGAACACACGCACCAUCGACGCUGUUUCCAUCUUCAACCCGGAGCUCGCCCGCGUCGAGCAGCGAGCGGUCGUCGCUUUGGCGAACCACGUUCGAAAGAUUGACCUCAAGAACACCAUCAUUAUGGUUCAACUUGCCGGCUGUGUUGGCCUUACCAGGGACACCCGGGACUGCAGUCCCCGCGCAACCGCUGCCUUCGACGCAGACGUCCCCCGGGAUAUGGUCGCCCAUUACCGAGCAUUGGGCUCGGCAAUGGCUGCAAAUGAGAGAGUAUCGUGGGACCAACUCGGUAUGGAUGUCGAGGCUGGAGAGGGUUUCUUCACUAGUUACCACUUCGCUCGCUACAUCGACAGCCUGGCGAUCGUUGUCAAGAAGGCUCUGAGUGUUCCUGUUUUUACCACCAUGCCGGUCAAGCGCAUCCUCCAUGGCGCCCCCCAGACCACCGGAACCGUAGCCAUUUGGAAGACGUUCGCCUCGCACAUCGAUUUCUGGGCCCCCAGCGCCAAUGACGCUCCUUACCACGACGUUUGUCAGACUGCCGCAGAUAACAAGCACCCCCUGCUGGUCGUUGACCAUCCCCGAAGCCAGGGCCGAGCAGAAGAUAUGUGGACUGCUUUCGGCAGCUACGGCGCCAUUGGUGUCGUUAUCAAGGACCUGGAGAAGAUCGCUUCCGCGCCGUCUCAAGUUCCGAAGUCCUUCAAGCUGAUCCGCGACAUCUCGCCCAUCCUUCUCAACGCUCGGUCUGCCCACCGCAAGACCAUCGGCUUCAACCUGAGCCCCGCCAACAUCUCCGGCCUCGCCGCAAAGGCGUCCGUCACCACUGCCCUUUACAGCCUCCAGAUCACCAUCGAGCGUCUAGGAGAUGGAUAUCACGGCGGCGGCUGUGGCUUGCUGAUCGAGCAGCCCGGAUCCAAGAUCCUUCUCAUCGGCUACGGCUUUCAGGCCAAGGCGAAGUCUGUCUCUCCUCGCGAGGUACUCACCCGAGUCCUCGAGUUCAUUAAGCAAGAAGUUGAGGCCAAUGGUGCCCUUCGCUCGCUUCGUCACUUCUGUGGUGAGGAGACGAACAGCGGCCGCGCUGCGCGUAUGCCUCCCAUCGAGCCGAUGAUCGCGCAGGUCCAGUUUUACACCCUCGUGGAGUGA